GUUUUCCGGGAUAUGAAGUGAAACUACAGCUGGAGCUUCAGACAAAACUAAACUGGUCUUCUUUAUUCUGAGGUUUAAUCAUCGGCUCAUUACUGCAGCUGUCAGGAUGUCAGCAGUGAAAGUGACAGAGGGCAACGUGCAGGUGGAGAGCUGCAAAGCACCACUGUUCUACAGACAAAGUGAACCCACCACAGGGAAAGUGAGGAUGUCAGUUUUACUCCUUCAUGGCAUCCGUUUCUCAUCAGAAAACUGGCUCAACAUCGGCACUCUGGAGACUCUAGCCAAAGCCGGCUGCCGUGCAGUCGCCAUUGACCUGCCAGGACUCGGCCGGUCUAAGUCAGCCGAGGCCCCGGCAGCGGUGGGAGAACUGGCCCCUGCAGGGUUCCUGAAGGAAGUGUGUGAGCAGCUGAGCCUGAGCCUGGUGGUGGUGAUCAGCCCGUCUCUCAGUGGGAUGUACUCGCUGCCCUUCCUCCUCCAGCACCAGGCGCUGAUACGAGCCUACAUCCCUGUAGCUCCCAUCUGCACCGACAAAUUCACUGCAGAGCAAUACCAGAGUGUGAAGGUCCCUGCGCUCAUUGUUUACGGUGACCAGGACGCUCAGCUCGGAGAGGUGUCGCUCCGCAACCUCCGCAAUCUGGCCAAUCACAGCGUGGUGGUGAUGAAAGGGGCGGGUCACCCCUGCUACCUGGACGACCCGGACACUUGGCACAAAGCUCUCAUAGACUUCCUGAAUACGCUGUGACGCUUCUCGCUGUAUGUCUUCAUCUGUACAAAAGAAUGGAGCGACAUGGACCAACGUCCAGCAAAGAAGGAGCUAAAUCUUCCACGCACACAAACAUUCACACUCACACACGCACAAGAAAUUAAAAAAAAAAAAAAAAAAAGAAAGAAAGAAAUUAAACAUUUUGACUUCAGAUCUCAAACUUAUCAACAGUGCUGUUUUCCUAUAUUUAUUUAUUUUUUUACUUCACUCAAAAUUCAACUGAUUUUACUCUUUUUUAUUUUUUUUCUCUAAAUGUUGCUGUUAUUUUUUCACACACUUGGUCAAACAUGGUCACAUAGCACCAGACUACAGACUACAGAAUCACAUACACACGUGUCUUUCCCACAGAGACGCACCAACACAGAUGCAGCGAGGGUCGGGAGGGGGCUUCAUGAACACCCUUUCUCUCCCCCCCCCCCCCCCCCCCUCCCUCAUACUUUAGGGUUCGUGUCCAAAAAGCGAACCCCCUCCCUCUCAUCCCCAAGCUGGUCCAAUUUUCUAUUUUUUCUUCUUUUUUUUCCUUUUUUUUUGUUUUGUUUUUUU